GUAAUCGAGUAAAUCCUUACUCAUCAUUCUGUCGCAGUCAUGAACGAACAAACACCUGCAUCAGAGCUACCUUUCUCAAUCAGGAAUAUCUUACGCGACGACUUUUCUUCUAGACGAAGCUCGAGAUACGUUCAACAAAUCACGCCCCUUGCUGCUGUGGGCAGCUCGUGGUUCGCUUGCAGGCCGUAUUACUACCCCAGCUAUCGGCCUUACUAUGUGCCCGUGAUCGUCACGGCCUUUCUGAAUACGAGCACCGGAACGGAGGGUAACACAACACGUGAAACAGGGGGGACACUCCAGCAAGAGGCUGUUGGUUGCGAUGAUGUUAGUGAGAGUGAAUCCGUGUGUUCAGAGGAAAGCGUAUGUUCAAACGAUAAAAAGGAGGAAUCUAAUAAAGAAGACUUCUCAAGAGAAAACACAUCUCCACAGAGGAACAAUAACAAAGAGGAUAUCGUAGAUAAAAUUGGUAACAGGACAAAACUUAAAAACCGGGCAAAUCCCCGAACGCGAACACAUUUCACGGAAAGACAACUAAAGUAUUUAGAGACUUAUUAUUCGAAUGGCCGGUAUCUGAGUAGAGAUGAGAGAACCGUGCUCGCGCAGGCGCUGGAAAUGACGGAACUGCAAGUAAGGAAUUGGUUUCAGAACCGCCGUUACCAAAGAAAGCAAAAACAAGAACGCGAGAAAGCGGCAGAUGGUGUCGCGUUAGAGAACGAUUCAACGAAAGCAGCUAAGAAGAUUGAAACGACAUGACAAAGACUUAAUACACACACAUAGGGCUUAAUAAUUAUAAGGCCGAAUUGCACGCACCUGGCCGUCAACGUUUAAUUUGUGUCGUCGGCCCGAAUUUAAAGUGUUGGUGUUAGCCUGCGUAGCAAGCGUUUCUGUGGAGUUUCAGCAUAUUCCUCGCUCGCUCAAAAAUUCCUGCUGAAACUCCACAGAAACGCUUGCUACCCAGGCUAUGUUGGUGUAGGCCCUAUUUUUUCUAUUCGUAGACCCAAAAAUCGGUUUAAAAAAAUCGCCGCGUGUAUCCGCCUUAAGAAAACAAUAUUAUAGCAACUAAAAAGCAAAUCCUCCGCAAGAAGCUAAUAAGGAUUUAAUGUUUAAAGUGGCACUUACUAGUAUCAAGGGAGGAGAUAUAAUAUUUAUUUAAAUUAUAAAAAAUAAAUUGUAUUGAACUAUCUUAGGGAGGAAGCCUGGGGAUAGAGGCGGAAAAAAUUAUUGGAAAAAAAGCGUUUUCUCUCUUCUCUCCUCUUUUCUCUACUGCCCUGUAUUUCAUUAGCAUAUAGCAAGUGAUUUCAAUGUUUCUCAGUUUGGCCAUGGUUUGACCAACAAAUAAUUUGACCGCGCGAUAGCACGUCUGGCAGGUAGUUAGAAGACUUGCAUGUGAGACCUAUGUACCACCCCUCCCUGAUCUCCCCUCUUCUGCUAUUUAUGCCUAUUCACCUGCAAUAAGAUCAAAACGGAACAUCUGUAAAAUGCUUGAAAAGAUACUGAAAAAUAAAAAAUCGAUAACUUUG